AUGGUUUGGAUCCCACGAGAAGUCGCAGCACGCUUCGCCUGCGACGAACCCCUCUUACUCGCCUACAUCUUAACGCCCAUCUCCCCCCAAGCACUUUCUCACCUCAAAUCCCGUCUUGAACAUGGCGCUGCCUUGCGCUACAAUCCACAGGUCGAAUUUUUAAUCCAACAAGCACCAGCUGACUACAUCGGAAAGUCCCAUUCCUAUAUCCGCACCAAGGAGAACGAAGCAGGUCGUGAGCGUCCAUUCCUACUUAUCGACGAACGGGCUACCACAGACUGCGCGGUGUGGUACGUAGACAAUUUCGCGCGUGAGUGGGAGUUGGAUGAUGAUGGAACUGGGUUUGCGGCACCGUCUACGGAUGCGUUGCAUGAGGUGCUUGUGAAGGCUUCCAUGGUGGCUUGGAUACAUGUUGAUAUCGUGGGCGGUACGGCGCCGACAGAACAGUUGGCUCAUUCUGUGUACAAAAACUACAGAACGGCUGACAACCCGUGGCCUGAGAUAGCUGGGGCGGAAGAAGAGGCUGAGGCUGAGGCAAAGGAGGAGAUGUGUAUAACGUUUCAUAAUAGGUUUGGGAGGUGUGUUGCUGAGCCGGGGGAUUAUGAGGCGCGCACGGAAGAAGUUAUCAAUAUGAUGGGGUUGCCCGUGUCUCAGGAUGUUGCAAGAUUGAAGCCAGAGGUUGCUGCAAAACAUGGGUUGAUUAGUGAGUGGAAGUGGUUUAAAUCUGUAAGCGAGUACAAGUGUGAUAAUGGCACUGUGGUGAGCUUCCCUGAAGGGAGUAUCUGGUUGGACGUUGUGUUCAACCUAAAGUUCGACUGGCCAGAGUAUACAUGGCCAGAGGGUUCUUGGGAUAAUUUACGGGCUGCUCACUUGUGA